AGUGGGGUGCUUGGAGUGAGUCACAAUGGACAAAGCUUUGGCUUUCAAAGAUCGAAUUCUGAACAAGGAAAACCUGAAUCCCAAAACCUGGAUGAAAACAGAGAAUAUUAAAGGUUUUAAAGACUUUAUACUGCAGAAAGAAUCAGAAGAGACAGAUGGACGAUAUUUUGAUGAUGAAAAUAUGCUGCUGGAAUCUGAAAAGUAUUAUAUGGAAGCUGCAAAGAAGAAUGAUGUAGACACAAUGAAGCUCCUUGGCAAGAGUGUCAACGUCAAUGCAAAGAAUGUGCAUGAUCGAACCGCACUACACUACGCCGUGGCUGGGAGAAACCAGGAAGCGGUGGAACUCUUGCUUCAGAGAAGAGCCAAGUUAGAUGUACAAGACAAGCAUGGAGUGACCGCAGCUCACCUGGCUGCCUGGUUUGGGAGUCUGGCUAUCCUUAAGCUGCUGAUACAGGCUGGGGCUGACCAGAAAAUUGAGAACCAGGAAGGAAUGACCAUUAUGCAUUGUGCUGCCAUCAAUAAUCACACCGACAUUGUGACAUACAUUGUAAAUGACUUGCAGAUGAAAGAACUGGAUAAAGAGGACCAGUCAGGGAAGCUGGCUUUCUCCCGGGCAGCUGAGCAUGGCUGCGUGCCCAUGAUGGAGCUGCUGCUGGAGGAGCCGUUCAGUAUGGCCACCAUGCAGGAAGAUCAGAACGGCAACACCCCUUUGCACCUUGCAGCUAAAAAUGGACACCUGAAUGCUACUCAGCUCCUACUUCAGAAUUUUGACAACCGCAAUGAGGUCAAUAAGGCAGGAGAGACGUCACUGUUCCUGGCUGCAAACAGUGCUUAUGAGGACUGUGUCCAAGCACUGUUAGAAGCUGACUGUGACCCUAAUAUCGUCACUGCAGCUAAGAAUGCAGCCUUACAUCCCGUGGCAGAAAAGGGGUACACCUCCCUGGUCAAGCUCCUCACUGAUAAUGGUGCCAACAUGAAUUUGCAGAAUCAGCAUCUACAGGCUCCCUUUCACCUGGCAGUGAAGAACUGCCAUAUUCCGGUCAUCCACGCACUUCUGAAGGCCGGCUGUGACACCGACGUCACCGAUCAUAGGGGACAAACUGCACUUCAUAUUGCCGCAGAGCUGGGAAAGGCUGAUGUUGUGGAAAUGAUUCUGAAAGCUGAUACAGACCUAUCUCUCCGGGACAAGCAAGAAAAGACACCACUGGGAGUGGCAGCCAGAGGCAACAUGGUCAUCAUUGUGGAUAUGAUCAUUAAAGCAGAAAGAUAUUUUGCAUGGAAAAAGGCAAAUGUGGAAUUUAAUGAAACCCUUCACAACGACUUUCCACUGACAUUCAAAUUAGACCACAGUGCAGAGACCAAGCAGAUCCGUGCUACCAUCUGGAACUUGGCCUACAACCUGCUGAAGCCCAAUGACUGGAAGAAACUUGCACAGCACUGGGAUUUCACUGGCCCACAGAUUGCAGCCAUAGAAGAGCAGUGGACAGGCUUGAAGAGCUACCAGGAACAUGGCAACCGGAUGAUGUUGAUUUGGCUACAUGGAGUCUGUAUGGCAGGCAAGAAUGCAACCAUAGAGCUUCAUGAGAGUCUACUUUCUACAGGAUACACUAGUAUCGCAGACAAAAUUAGAGCAGACACAAAUGGGAAGGAGAUGAGAAAAUGUUCAGUCUCGUAACGUCAACAACAUAUGACAGCACAGACCACAUGAUGCCGACACCAGUCAUUUGGGAUUUUCUGGAUUUGCUUCAAUAGCAGCAUUUGUUUUUCAGGGAAAAUAUCUUAUCAUUAAAAUAUGCAAAACAGUAAGUAGGUGUACUUCUCUUGGAAUUGUGUAGGUGUACAAUCUGUCCUUGGAGAAAAUGAUCAGUGGAACAGAAAAAUGAAUUUUAUUAUCCUACCACUUUUUAAUUAGCCUUACUGUAGACAGACAAACCUAUUACAUGCAUCAUCAAUGGAAAAGGACAUAUGAGGAGAUGUGAAGUUCUAAUACUUGCCAUACAACAAUCAAUUAGCUUUUGACGUUCAUUUUUAAUUAGGUUACUAUUGAAAGGAUACCAUUAUCAGCCUAAUUGUGAUUCUGAUCCCUCUUAAUGAAGAGAAACUACAGGAACUUGGUUUUGUGAAAGACCGUCCAGCUAUCCUUUGCAGCCACCAAAAAGCUCUGUUUAUAGCAUUUGUUUAUAAUCAGGUUUGAGAUUAAUUAUUACAGUCAGCAAAUUGGACAAAAGUCCAACUGCCUUCUAUGCAGCUGGCUGAGAACCUGGAUUUAAUACGUCAGUUGGCAGAAGUGGACACUGAAGACUCCAGCCUUCACCUGCGAUACUCUCCCCCCAUCAAUGGUGCACCCCUAACCCACCAUUCAAUUCUAUGUUUGUCAUUAUAAGAACAAUAUUAAGAAGAUACUUGUGUACUAGCGAUGUAGUAAGUUACUACCUCAGUAUUUUUUAUGUUUCACUCCAUAGCCUCAUCUCUGAUGAAGUGUGAGAAAAAAUGUGCCUGUUGUGAAAUUGCCAGCAGGAAUGAAAUUAAGUAGUAAGAGAAGAAGAAACAGCUCUUCUAGUUUAAACUGUAUUUCUGAACCAUUAUAAAGUAUGGUUGUAUACAUUUUUUAUGAUUUGCCUCACACAACUCCUUUAUCUGUAAGCAUAGCGGUGGCAAUGCCAUCCAUAAUCAUGCAGCAGACAUGUCUGACGGACAAUGGCUGAUGUAGAAUAUGUGAUACAGUAAAAUCCCCUUAUAACGGAAUUUCGUUUUUAACGGACAAACAAUUUGGUCCCCAGGGCCGCUUUUAGCUGUAGUUCUGUUCGGCUAUA